GCUAUCACAUCGUUGCAGUUUAUUAUUCCUUAACCGUGACUGUUAAGAUGCCAGAAUCGAUUUAAAAUUGUUUAUUUCAUAAUCAAUUAUGGAUCAAGUUUUAAGUUUGAAUAAAUAGAUCGUCAAGAAAUUGACAUUUUUUAAAAUUAAGAAAACACCUCCACUAAAUGAUUAAGUGUGUCGUUAUUCGGAACUCUCCAACACUAGGUUAUUUUUAGACGAUGAAGGAUGCUGACUGUGUUCAAGAAUAUGACACAAUGUUAUUAAACCAUGGUUAGAAAUGGUUUGUUUACCAAAGUGAUGGGACAAGCCUGGAAUAAAAUUUCUAAAUACAGAUCAAAGGAAAUAAGAAUACUUUUAUUAGGUCUGGAAUCAGUUGGAAAGACAACAUUAUUAUAUAGGCUAAAGUUGGGAGAACCAAUAAAGGCUACGCCAACAAUUGGUUUCAACGUAGAAUCUUUUCAAUAUAAAGACUUGUCUCUCAAUGCAUGGGACCUUGGAUUUGGCGGUAAAAUGCGUCCGUUGUGUCAACAUUACUACAAGGGUAGCAAUGCGGUCGUUAUCAUGAUAGAUCGCGGAGAUAGAGAACGACUGGAAGAAGUCACAUAUGACGUCAUUAAACCAGCAUUAAAAUCAGAAGAACUCAAAGAUGCAGUGUUCUUAUUCCUUGCAAAUAAAUCAGACAUUAAAGAUGGAAUGAGUCUUCAAGAAAUAUCUGAUUCGUUGGCUUUGAAUAAUUUAAAACGAAAAUGGAAUAUAUUUACUAUUAGUGCCUUGACCGGAGAUGGCAUCACGGAGGCAUUUGACUGGCUAGCCCUACAACUAGGAUCAAAUCAAGUAAAACAAACUGCUGAAACUAAUAUGAAACAAACUGAAAUAACGAAUUUUUUACCGCCACAAAAUCCGGAGACAUGUGAACGGACGACGUAUAGUGCUCUGGCUUGUUUUUUCAUUAGGCCAACUCAGGCAGUUGGUAUUAAAGACGAUGAUGAUCGUGAUGGCGACGAGGAAAAGGACAAUGUAUGACGUCACGAUGAAAAUCGAGCAUGACAGAUUUCAUAUCAAUUCAACUUUCAGAAAUGUCUCGUUACCAUUGUUAAUAAGAAUUUUAUAUUUGCAUAUUUAAGCUAAAAUCAGUUGGAAAAUAAUAGCAAAAAUCAACCUUUUUCUAGAGGAAGGUGUGCAAAUUUAUUAACCAUCUUUCAUACUUUAAAUGUAUCUAGCGAUGAACGUUCAAUCCAGCAAUCAUUCAAGAAGAACAUGACCAGUAAACCAGUUUACUAUGAUUUACAAAGUGAAUUAUCUUCAAAAACAAUGGAAUACCGUUAUGACAAUGCUGGACCAUGGAUUAAUCGAUAAAAGCAUAGUGCCGUCUUUAUCAACCCUAUUCAACUCAAAUGUAUCUUCACAACUGUUCUCGAAUUGAGAGAGUAAGCUAAGCCAUUGCAUUGCAUAGUGAAUCAUUUCUGCCAUACAACCAUAAAAUGUCUCUGGAGAUACAAGACUGCCUGAGGGGUGGUUGCGUACUAAACAAGUAUAAAUUGACGCGCCGGUCAUCUAUAUGUGGAUGAUAAUCUUAGCUGUGAUUUUAUUCGUCAUUUAUCAUAAACUUCAUUUUGUCAUCUAGAAAAUCAUCAUAGAGUUUUAUAUAUUUAAAAAUCACAAGUCUCAAAAACAUUUUUUAUAGUGUAUGUAUAUAGUUCGCUUGUACUGAAAAUUUAUUUUAUGUGAGAUGUACGGAUUAGAAGUUCCAAUUACCGGUUGUAAAUAAUUAUAAAUUUCAUUUUGUGCUCA